AUGUGCUCCCGCCCGCCCGCGUCGCUCACCAGGCCGUCUGGGCUCUCGGCCUGGUGGAGCGAGCUCAAGAUGAUCGGCAUCUUUGCCUUCUACCUCGGUUGCAACUUUGUCGUGAUUGUCAUCCCGGCGGUGGCUUACGCGGCCUGGCUGGGCGACGCCGUCUCGCGCGGUCUGCUCGCGCUCGCGCUCGUCGACUACGCGGUGCCGCUGCGGCCGGGGCGACCGUGGGUGGCGUGGUGCGAGCUCACGCGCGUCGCGGAGGGCAUCCGGUCGUACUUUGACGCCGAGUGCGUGAUUGAGGGCGACUUCCGCAGAGACCGCUCGCACCUCAUCGUGUCUCACCCGCACGGUCUGUUUGGCGCCGGGUACGGCCUCUACGCGCACGAGCUGCGCGAGCGCUUUGGCAUGAAACCGCUCUUCACGGGCGCCGACGUGUGGUGGGGUAUGACCAUGGUGAGUGCGGCGCCGCUGCGGCGGGCGCUGAGCCAGCCCUGGCCGUACAACGCGGUGCAGCUCCAGCCGGGCGGCAUCGCCGAGAUGUUUUACGGCACCGACUGCGAGCAAAUCAUCCUCUCCAAGCGAAAGGGGCUCUGCCGCGUCGCGCUGCAGACGGGAGCGAGCCUGAUCUACACGCGCUGGUUCGGGCCGCACUCGCUCGCCGCACGCCUCUCCUCCGUGCUGCGCACCUCGCUCGUCGGCUGGUCCGGCCGGUGGGGCGUCCCCUUCUCGCCCCUCCCCGUGCGGGGGAAGCUGGUGAUCGUGCUCGGCGCGCCAAUCGAGGUGCCGCGAACGGAGUCGCCGACGGACGACGAGGUGGACGCGCUGCACGCAAGGUACGUCUGCGACCUGCGCGACCUCUUCGAGCGCAACAAGGGCCGGAUGGGCGCCGAGUGGGUCGCCGCCAGAGGGAGCCUCUUGCUCGAGGACGAGGCGCCCGGCGAGGCGUCCGCGCGCCAUAGUGGCCCGCCGGCGCGCGCCAAGGUCGAGUGA